GAUGUGUCUUAUUCUACAAAUCCAAGUACCAGAUCACGUGAUGUUGCCAAGAAACUAGUGUUGGUAUUAUUUUUUUCUAGUUGUAUAGUUCCUUUGCACUUGUUCUUAGGGACUGAGGAUUGUUUAGAAUUUUGCCCAUACCUGUGAUCGCAUACUUAAAAUAACAGGAAAAGUAUAUACAUAUGCUGAAUAGCCUAGAAAUUUCACCAAGUAUUGUUUCCUUCUGUUGGGGCAAUAAUACUUGUGGUAGUAGUUGUGCAAAAAUAAUGAAACCUGCUACCGCUAGUCAGUAGCCUUGGGUCAAUGUUCUGUGAACCAGACAGUAUAUAAACUGAAAGAGAAGGACCUUACUGGCUAGUAUUUGUAAGCUGUAUCGGUUAACACAGAUUUUUAACUGGUGUUUUUAGUGGACUGUCCCUAGUAUGAUUGGUACAUAUAUAAAGCCAGACCUUAUUUUCCGUUUCUUCGCAACCCUGCUCUAUUAUGUAUUUACUUUGAUUUGAAUUUACAGUUCUUUCUCUUAGCGUGUGUAAUUUGUAUUUCAGAUAAUCGUGUUGUUUCUUAGGCGAUUAUUAGAAGAAGGGACUAGCAAAAUUGAUCCAUAGAAAAGUCUUGUCUUUGAACAAUGAACCGACAAUACCUGUACAUGACGGCCAUGAACGUCAAAAGGAGCUCAUAUACUCUACACCGCAUCAAGGCAUCACAAUUGUUUUACCCCAAGGGUGCACCUGACUCCGCGGCUGCGGCGGUGGAGGUCCGUUCUGUGCCGCCACCAACAAUGGCUUUCUACCCUCCUCGGUCCGAGCAUAGACUGGAGAUAAUGGAGUUCAUGCUCUUCGGCAGCAACAGGAAUAAGAUCGUCUGCACAGACGAGAGAGGUCAAGCCGUCUUAUAUGAUGACGGCUUGCAAGCUGUCCGCAUGUUGCCAAGCCUCAGAAAGCCCAAGUGGGAACCAGUGCCCCUCGCCGUUGGUGACAACCUGUUGGUCAUGGAGGCUAUCCCUAAGAACGAUCAAGAGAAGGAACAUCAAUCUUUCGAGGUGCUUGUAUAUGGCGAAAGGCCUAAAAUAUUCAAGGGGGAGGACUUCUUCUGGCAUUCCAUCCCACCGCCGCCUUAUGUGUAUGCCCCUGACUAUGGCAUCCACCGUUCUGACGUGAUCACCGCGUGCACUGCGGUCAACAGCUCAAGCAUCUUGAUAUCCAGAGAGCCUCGGCACCUACUGCUUGGACACAGUAAGUGGAGCAAGACUUUUUUUAGAGAAGGAGCCGACGCUACCACCAGUCCCUCCACGCCGCCGCCGCCGCCCGAACAGGGCUUGCCGCCGCUGUCGCUGCCGUUUAAAGGACUUGCAGAGUAUGUUCCGGAGUACAAUCUCUUGUUUGGUGUCUCGGCCAGGGUGUUUGGCGUCCUCUGCGCAUCAGACCUGGGUGCCGCCUCGGCAAAGCAGAUGCCGCCGGUGGUAUUCCAAGAGUGGGAGGGAUUUGCUGCCCCUGAGGGUACUGAGAUAGAAUCGUACCUCCUGCACCUAGGUGCCGGCCGUUUUUGUGUCGCCAAGUCGAUCAUGACAACAAGGCUGCAAGAGAUGUCUGGCCAGUCGUGCUGUUUCCAUGAGAAGAGUACUCUCACUGUAGAUAAGUUAGUGAUGUUUACUGGCGUGGAGAUUCAGCGCUGUGGCAGAGGGCUUAAGGUGAUCAAGCACAAAUCGUUUCGUUAUAGUAUGAGGCCAUGCGGCAUGCCCCACAUACUUUAUUAGUCAGUCCUGCUAUUUCCAGAUCACCUCACAGCAUGUUCCUAGUCAA